CGGCCGGGCGGCCGGCGGCGGUCGUGGCUCGGCGGGGCCCGCGCGGCCGGGGGGCUUCUGGGGGCGUGCGCCCCCAGCCGGCUGCCCUCGUGGAUGCCUCCCGGCGGCGGCGGGCCCAUGAAAGACUGCGAGUACAGUCAGAUCAGCACCCACAGCUCCUCCCCCAUGGAGUCGCCCCACAAGAAGAAGAAAAUCGCGGCGCGGAGGAAAUGGGAGGUUUUCCCGGGAAGAAACAAGUUCUUCUGCAACGGCAGGAUCAUGAUGGCCCGGCAGACGGGCGUCUUCUACCUGACUCUCAUCCUCAUCCUGGUCACUAGCGGACUCUUCUUCGCCUUCGACUGCCCAUAUCUAGCAGUGAAAAUCACCCCCGCCAUCCCCGUGGUUGGUGGCAUUCUGUUCUUCUUUGUGAUGGGGACCCUGCUUCGCACCAGCUUCAGUGACCCGGGAGUCCUUCCGCGAGCCACGCCGGAUGAAGCCGCCGACCUGGAAAGGCAAAUAGAUAUCGCAAACGGCACCAGUUCAGGGGGGUACCGCCCACCUCCCAGAACCAAAGAAGUCAUCAUCAAUGGCCAGACUGUGAAACUUAAAUAUUGUUUCACCUGCAAGAUUUUCCGGCCCCCUCGUGCCUCUCAUUGUAGCCUUUGCGAUAACUGCGUAGGUGAGUAG